AAAUCUUUUCUUUUAAAUAAACAGAAAGAAAGAUUUAAAGAAUGAAUACCAACGAAUUAUUUAUUCAUUUUAAACAAACAAUUUCUUUUUUUAUUAAUAAACUAUCAAAAAUUAAAUUUUAUAAACAUUCACACCUCAAACACAAAAUGUAUGAGCCUAUGAAUUAUCAGGCAAAAUGUAGACAUAGAGGAUAUAAAGAAAUUUUUCGCGAAUUAUAUCUUUUCUGACAAACUUGAUAUGAUCGAUCGCGAACGCUCAUUUAUCGAAAGCAGAUUCCUUCAAGGUUUUGUGCAUUACUAAAUGAGCAAUAUAGCACAAAUCAUUCUAUGCCGUAGAUUACCCUAAAACGGCUAGCGAAUUUCCAGAUUUUAUGGAAGAAACAAAUUUAGAAAAUUUCGAUCAAAGAUUAUAUGAGGAGUUUUUGGAUUACGCACGAGGAAUAAUGAUUCAAUUCGGAAUUAAUACUGAAAUUGAAGUAAACUAUUAUUACAAAAGUUGAUAAAAAGAA